AUGUAUUUAGAAAUACAUCGGCGACCGAGUAAGCCAAUCAUUGCCGAUCCAAUCGACUUUGAAGGGUUCAUCUUAAAGAACAAGACAUUAAUACAAAAUGACCCACAGCGUGAACUUCUAAUGUACCCAAAUGAUGAUGUUUCAGAAAUCAUUCUACCACGAAAAUUUCGUACAGUUACAAGCGGCAUUCCAUCAAUUCCCGCUGAAAGCUCAAAGAAACAUGAGAAUGGAAACAGCACGACUGAAAAUGGUGUAACAACAAAUGGAAAAGAAAAAGAUUCGCUCAAUGGCAGUUUAUUGACGCGACAAGCCUUGAAAACAUACGAGACUGCAAAUCACAUGGUGUUUUAUAAAUAUAGCGUAUAUGGUGGAACAUGCGGUGAUUUGCCGAGAACCAAUCCACCUGAUACGUUGAAGGAAGAAAUCUAUGAAGUCGACACAGAUCCUGAUCGUGUUGAAGAAAGAAUCUCUCAACGUGACUCAAUCACAAAGCAGGGUUACUUGCUUAAAGGUGCUGACACAACGUCUGAUCGAAUGUUUGCUCAUAUCGGAUCGAAAUCAUUUAAAAGGCGUUAUUGUUAUUUAAGACAAGAAGUCGAUGGAACUUACAUUUUAGAACUGCACAAAGAUGAGAAACAAUGUGAAGCAAAGACAACAAUUGUUAUGGAUUUUUGUACGGAAGUUGUGCAUAAUCCAAGGAAAGGUCGAUUUUGUUUUGAGCUUCGAAUGAGUGAGGGUGGAAGUAAGUCAGUAACAUUAGCAGCAGAAGAUGACAAUGAGAUGAAUGAUUGGAUUAAGAAGUUGACAUCAGUUCUUCAACAAAAUAAGUUGCAAGAAGAUAAACAGAUCACAUUGAUCGAGAAAUUACCACCGCCAAGUCCAAGUGCAGCAACAUUUGGAACUUUAAAAGGACUUGAACAAAGUAUGAAUCCACAAUUAAUUAAAUAUGGACGAGAAACUGACAUUUCAAUCGGUCAAGCUCGAAGGGAAAACAGAAAAAGAUUAUUUGGAACAAUUGCCAAUCAGCUGAAUAAAACUCAAGUCGAACCAAAUGUUGAGCCAUAUAGAGAAGUUUUUGGAAAGCAAAUUUUUGUACGAUGUGAAAAUAUAAAAUUUCGACUUCAAGCGCCUUUUGAUGAUACAGAAAAUUUGUGCCAAAUUGAACCUUACAUAACAACGAUGGCUUUGUAUGAUAUCAAAGCUGGUCGAAAGCUUACAGAAAAUUUUUACUUUGAUUUGAAUGAAAAGCAUGCGAGAGAAAUGCGACAUGGAAAUCAUUGCAAUGGUGCUGAGAAGAUUAAUGGAACUCCAAUUAUGAAGAAUGGAAAGCAGAAUGGAAAUGUCGAUGAAGAAUUUCCUGUCGAAUGGAUCAUGUAUCCGAGACAAGCGAUUCUUAAUGUGACUGUUCCACAUCCUGACAUCUUUAUCGUUGUUCGUAUCGAGAAAAUUCUUCAAGGUGGAAUUAAUCCAUCAACUGAAUCGUACUUAAAAGCUGCAAAAGAUCCAAAACUUGGUGUGAAAUCUUUGAAGACCAUCAAACAAUAUUCGCAACGUGUUAAACAUUAUACAAUGCCAUGGGCAUGGACAGCAAGACCAUUAUUCCGACUUUACAGUAGUGAUUUGGAUACUGAUGGAGAUUUCCCAGCAAUUUAUCGUCAAGAUUGUAACAAACUCAAAGACGAUGAAAUUUUGAAGAUUCUCUGUGACUAUCGAAAGCCAGAAAAAAUGAAUAAACUUACGACAAUCCCAGGAUCUAUGAAAAUCACAAUAAAAUUCUUAAGAGAUGAACAACCCAAAAAUUGCUUAACGACAACUCUUCAUGCCAUUAAACCGUUUCCUUUACCACCUGCUGAUGAUCCCACCAUUGAAGUUUCUGAAUUUCCUGGAACAUCAGAAAGGGAUUUGAAUCCUUACACCACAUUUCUUAAUCAUCUUUAUGUUUAUCCACUUUCAUUGUCAUUUGAGAGUCAGAAAAUCUUUUCAAGAGCAAGAAAUAUUGCUGUGACUAUAGAAGUUCGUACUAGCGAUGACCUGGAAUCUAAACCUUUAGAGUGUAUUUAUCGUCGUCCAGGUCAAAGUUCUCAUGGUUUGUUUGUCAGCCAACUCUCCUGCCCUGUUCUUCAUCAUAACACAUCACCAACAUGGUACGAGGAGAUAAAAUUACAACUUCCCGUUGUUAUAUCGUCACAACAUCAUUUACUGCUUUACUUUCAUCAUAUAUCGUGUGAUAUUAAGAAGAAAGAAUUGCCAAAUAGUCUUGAAAGUGCUGUUGGCUUUGCAUGGAUGCCUUUGUUGAACAAAGGAAAAUUAAAUAUUGAAGAACAAGUUCUUCCGGUUGCUGCGUCAUUACCAAGCGGUUAUCUAUCGAUUCAGCCAUUGGGAUUAGGAAAAGGGAAUGCCGGACCAGAUGUUCAAUGGAUUGAUAACCAAAAACCAAUUUUCAACGUCAACUUUCGCCUUAACUCAACAAUCUUCACAACAGAUCAACACUUACACAAUUUAUUUGCACAUGCAGAGCGUCUCAUUGAAAGUAUUCGCGGUCCGAUACCGUCCGAGAGUGAAACUUGUAAGAUUCUUAAAGCAGCACAUGCAAUGGAUAUCCGAAGUGUUAUAAACUUCCUUCCUACACUUUUUGAUGAACUUUUUGUGCUAUUAAUCAAUGCUAGUAAUGAAGAGAUUAGUUGCAACAUAAUUCGAUUGUUGAUAAAUUUGAUUCACAUGGUGGCAGAAGAAGCACAAAGAAAGGAAUUAAUUUUAUCUUACGUCAAGUAUAAUUUCAAAACUCCAUUUAAAAACAAAACAAAUGCAAGUCCAAGUACGAUGCAUACUGUUCAUGGUGAAAUCUGUCGACAUCUUCCAGUUCUUCUUCAUCCCAACAACACGGAUUUUCUUCUCGUGAAUAAAUUUAUGAAGUUCUCAUCAAUCAUCUUUGAUAUCAUCGCUAAAUCGAUGGCACAUUUUUUAAUCAGCACAGGACGUAUUCGUAUGCAUCGCAAUGAAAGAUUCUCAAAAGAAUUUGAGUUAAGAAUUGAAAAUCUUUUCAAUGUUUUGAUGCCAUAUUUGAUCUCACGCCAUAAAGAACUUCCGUAUGAGACUCAUCAGCUUAAUAAAAGUCUUUCAAUAUUUAUUAAACGUUGCUUGACGUUGAUGGAUCGUGGCUUUGUUUUUAAGAUUAUUCGUCUUUAUAUGGAUAAAUGGUCGCCCGGUGAUCCAAGAACACUUCAAGAGUUUAAAUUCAAUUUUAUUCAGGAAGUCUGCUCGCAUGAACAUUACAUUCAACUUAAUCUUCCUUUCAUGUUAAAUCCCAAUAAUCGCACACCCGACAUUCUUCAGCAGUUUUGUCUGUCGGAAGUUUUUUGUCGUCAACAUUACUUGGCUGGUUUUCUCCUUCAAGAAGUCAAAAGUGCGCUUAAUGAAGUGAAUCAUAUAAGAAGAGUUGCACUUGGCAUUCUAAAAGAUCUUUUAGCGAAACAUGAUCUUGAUGAUCGAUAUCAAUCUAAAGGACAAAUGAACAGAAUCGCGAUGCUUUACGUGCCAUGGUUGGGAAUUGUGUUAGAGAAUUUAAAUCGAAUUCCUGAUGGACAAGAAACGAUCGGUCACGUUCGUAUUUCAAGCAACAGCAGUUACGUCUUUUCACGUGAACGAACACCGAAAAUUCUCACAAGUUUAAAUUCAGAUUGCAGUUCAAUGUCACAAGAAACGACAGUUGUGAUUAGAAAUGGCGACGAUGCUUCUUAUCAUUACGGUCACAAUCGAUCAAUUAGCAUGACACAAGCAAGCGUCAUCCCAAGAACUGAUAAAUUUACAUCAAGCGAAACAAAAGAUAUGUUAAUCUGCUUUCUUUUCACUAUUAAGCAUCUCUCUCAAGAUCAUAUGAUUACAUGGUGGCAUAAUUGUACUGAAAGUGAAACUUGUUCAUUCUUUCAAGUGUUUGAUCUUUGUUUGGUUGUCUUUCGUUAUAUGGGAAAGAAGAAUAUUCAAGUGAGUGAAUGCAAGCCGGUAAAGAGCAGCAAGUCAAGUACAUUACCAGCAAGAAUGGCAUCAUCAGAAAGCGACCAUUCAAAUAUUAGUAAUGCACAUGAAACCGGCACAAUGAAUCAUCAAAAUCGUGAAGAUUUAAUGGAAGAAACUGUAAAACUUCAACGAGCUUUACAAGAGUCGAAUUUAGCCACAGAAGUUGGAAUGAUUAUCCUCGAUUGUAUUGGACUUUAUUCAGUUCAAUUCAAAGAAUCGAUGAUCGAUGGACCAGUCUUACCAAAAAUUGCGCAAGUUUACUUGCGGUUUCUUCAACUCGGUCAAUCGGAGACACUGUCGCGUCAUGUUUUUGCGGCACUUCGGGCAUUUAUUAAUAAUUUCUCGCAAGCUCUUUUCAAAGGUACCGCAAUGUUAUGUGGGCAGUUUGUUUAUGAGUUGUUAAAGUGUUGCGAUUCACGUCUUCAAACUGUUCGUCAUGAAGCGUGUGCUGUUCUUUACUUACUAAUGAGAAGUAAUUUUGAGUUCAGUGGACGAAAAGGGUUGACAAGAGUUCAUCUUCAAGUGAUAAUUUCUGUGUCACAAAUGAUUGGAAAUGUAAUUGGACUUAACAACGCGAGAUUUCAAGAAAGUCUUUCACUUAUUAACAGUUAUGCAAACAGUGAUAAAGCGAUGAAAGGAACAGGAUUUCCAAUGGAAGUUAAAGAUCUUACAAAACGUGUUCGAACUGUAUUAAUGGCUACCGCGCAAAUGCAAGCUCAUCACACAGAUCCGGAGAGGCUUUUAGAACUUCAAUUGUCACUUGCAAACUCUUACGCUUCAACGCCUGAGCUUAGACAUACUUGGCUUGUGACAAUGGCAAGAAAUCAUGAGAUAAAUGGAAACAUUUCUGAAGCGACUUCAUGUCAUCUUCACAUAGCCGCAUUGAUGGCUGAAUAUUUGAAGCUUAAAGGCAGUGAACUCAUAAAUUGGGGCGCUGAAUCAUUUGCAAAGAUUUCUCGGAAUAUUCCACGUGACGAGAAAGGUUUGAAACUUGAUUCGGGAGCUCAAGAUUCGCAAUAUACAGAAACAAUGUUGUUGGAACAAUUAAGAAACUGUUCAGACUUUCUCGACCGUUCUGAUAGACUCGAAUGCCUUGGCGAACUCUACCGACUUAUUGUUCCUAUUCUCGAAAGCAAACGUGACUUUCCAGGAUUAAUUCAAUGCUAUGAACAUCUUGCUCAAGCUUAUCAACGUGUCAUCGAGUUCAACCGUAAUGGUAAACGACUCUUGGGACGAUUUUAUCGUGUGAUCUUCUAUGGACAAAUAUUCUUUGAAGACGAACAUGGCGUUGAAUAUAUUUUCAAAGAACCGAAAGUCACGAGUUUAAGCGAAAUUUCAUUUAGAUUAAAGAAACAAUUUGACGAUAAAUUCGGCUCGAAUGUAGUGAAGAUGAUCAUGGAUUCAAAUCAAGUUGACGUGAAUGAACUCGACCCGAAAUUAGCUUACAUCCAAAUAACGCACGUUGUUCCUUACUUCAUUAAAGAUGAGUUAGAAACACGACAAACAGAGUUCGAACAAAAUCAUGACAUUGAUACGUUCAUGUUUGAAACUCCUUUCACAAAGAAUGGAGCUGCGAGAUGCAAUUUGGUUGAAGAUCAAUGGAAACGACGAACAAUUUUAACGACUCAAUAUAGUUUUCCGUAUGUAUUGAAACGCAUCACAGUCAAAGACCGUCAAAUUAUAGAACUCAGUCCAAUUGAAGUUGCGAUCGAUGAGAUGCAAACGAAGAUUUCGGAAUUGGAAGAAGUCGUGCUAGCACAAACGAUUGAUGUGAAGAAACUUCAAUUACGACUGCAAGGUUCUGUUGCUGUUCAAGUAAAUCAGGGACCACUUGCUUAUGCCAACUCUUUCCUUGAUCCUCAACUGUGUGUUAAAUAUGAUAGCGACAGAGUCGAAGAUCUUCGAGAUGUUUUCAGAGAAUUUGUGAAGAUUUGUUACGCAGCACUUCAAGUGAAUGGUCGAGUAAUUUCAACGGAUCAAGUUGAAUAUCAUAAUUCGCUUAAAGAAAACUUUGGUAAUAUGUGCUUAGCGCUCAAUGAUCUUAUGGGGGAAUCGUUAAUAUCGCUUGACGAUACAACAAAUGCUCAUCGCAAUAGUUUAGCUUUAUUCUCAGCUAUAUCAGGGACACCGAAUAAUUCAAGUACAGCUUAAAAGCUUUUAAAUUCUUUAAUCUCAGAUCAAUUAUAAAAAUUGUUUUUUAAUAAGACGUAAGUAGACAAGACUUAGAUCACAAAAAGCCGACAUCCACUUGAAUAUCUUAAGACAUAAAUAACUAAAAAUAUCAGUCGAAGUUAUUCAUUUUGAAUCUUACAAAUCACCUUAAAAUUCCCACUUCAUUUAACAUCUCUGCAAUCUAUUCUAAAUUUAAAAGUCUUUCUACUCUUAGAUUUUUAUCAUAAUUACCACUGCAAUAACUACCUGUAGCUAGAAUAUCGAAAUCCAAAAAAAAGAAGAUUUCAGUCGAUUAGAAAUUAAUUAAAAAAAAACAGAAAAUUUGUAAAUUUUUAAUUGGAACCGACCUCGCGCAAAUCGAAAAAUAAUUUCCUUUAUGCAGGAAUCUUUUUAGUUAAAAAUUCUAAUGCAAGUGAUGAGCUGUUGUCUCGUCUUUGACGUUAGAUUUCGGUAGAUAAAUAAAGGAGUGAUUUCCAUGUUGUUAUCUUUUAAAAAGCUUGAAUGGGAAAUCAUAAAAUUUUUAUAUUUCCUUGAAAUUUAAUGAGCGGCAUUAAAAUCACGAUGGGAUGACAACUUUUGAAUAUUUCAUACGUUUAUUCCCCUCGUGAUUCUGUUCAUGUGCCAUUUCUGGUAAUUUAAAAAUUACUCGAAUUAAAUUUAUAAAAACAUUCCAAAAUUAUAAUAAAGCGCAUUAAUAUUACAUAUUAAUUAAGUGAGAGUUUUUGAUUUCUUUUGAUAAACAUACAAAGUAAUAAACAAUUUACAAACACAACAUUAACGAUAUCCAGGAAAAAUUUAACAUUAAUUAAAUAAACAAUUUGUCUAAAACAUAACGAGACUGAAAAUUUCGAUUAAAAAUAAUUGAAUUUAAUAAACGCUAAUAGCACAAAACCAACCGAUAACUUUAUAAGAAUAUUGCACAAUAAACAAAAUAAUCAAUAGAGAAAACCAUUUAAUUAUAUUAAUAAAAUUGCAUGUUUUGACAAAAAAAAGAAAACGAAAAGGAAUUUACUAAAGUUUUUACUCCGUACAGUAAGCGCAACAUUAAGAUACCAUAUUUAAUUGAUUUUAAUCUAGUCGCUUUAUCUUGAAUGUUCUAUGUUAAACGUUCAAUAUUUAGAUGUCAUAUCUUACCAACAAUUAAUUGUUUUGAUCAGCUUAUUCUCGAAUAAGAGCUGUAGUAGAAUGGAAAGAAAUGUUUUGGAAAACUUUUUGUUAAAAAUAAUUUAUGUUGAAUAAAGAUUGAUUCUUAAUUAUGUUAAAUUCGAAAUGUUUUAAUUGUUUAAUAUUUAAGGAAAGGAAAGCCAAAAGGAAAG